AUGUCACAAGAAUUUUAUGAUGCUCCAAAAGCCCAACCAGGAUACACCGAUGAUACCCCAUCUGGUGAAACAUUCCAACAAAACAUCAUCAACAAUAAUCCUUCAGCUACCUCAAAUACAAUUAGAAACCCUCCAAUUGUCUCAAGAGAACCUGAUGCUAUAAAGCAAAUUACUUAUAAAAAGGAAUAUGAUGUUCAACCUCAAGGUACUUAUCAAUCACUUGUCAAUGCAUUUGGUAACUUUUUUGGUUAUUUUGGUAUGGUUUGUUGUUGUCCAUGUAGUAAUCCAUAUCAUGAUGUUAAUCAAGGUUCUAUUGGUAUGAUUACAAAAUUUGGUGAAUUAGCAAGAGUCGCAGAUCCAGGUUCAACCUAUGUUAAUAUUUUCAGUGAAAAAUUACAUAUGGUUUCAAUUAUGAUUCAAGUUCAAGAUAUCCCAGAACAAGCUUGUUUAACAAAAGAUAAUGUUAUUGUUUACUUGAAGAGUGUGUUGUAUUAUAACAUUAUUGAUCCCCAAAAAGCUGUUUUCGGUAUUUCAAAUAUUCAAGAUGCUAUUGUGGAAAGAACUCAAACUACUUUAAGAGAUGUGAUCGGUUCGAGAGUUCUUCAAGAUGUUAUUGAACGUCGUGAAGAAAUUGCAGAAGCUAUUCAAAUAAUUAUUGCACAAACAGCUGCUGAAUGGGGUGUUCAUGUUGAAUCCAUCUUGAUCAAAGAUUUACAACUAUCUAAUGAAGUUACUCAAUCAUUAUCUCAAGCUGCACAAGCAAAGAGAAUUGGUGAAUCCAAGAUCAUUACUGCUAAAGCUGAAGUUGAAAGUGCUAAAUUGAUGAGACAAGCUGCUGAUAUCUUAGCCUCCAAGCCUGCUAUGCAAAUUAGAUAUUUGGAUGCUAUGCAAAACAUGGCCAAAUCUGCAAACUCAAAAGUUAUCUUUAUGCCAAGUUCUGGUGAAUUAGAUAGAAAUGCUUCAAAUGUUACUACUGAAAAUGGUGAACAUUCUGACCAAAUUGAAGAAGUUGAUGAAGAAAAAUUGAGACAGUUGCAAGCUCAAUUGGACCAAAGACAUGGUGCUUCUCAAACUGAUAACUACAAGAAUAUGAUUGCUGUUAAAGAAUCAUUAGAAUAA